GCCGCGUCAUCCUGUACAGGAACAGAACUGAGCCCAGCCCGGCGCUCCUGAGCGGAUGGACUGAGGUUCUCUCCACUCCCUAUCCGGUUUGGGACGCGACCUCUCGUCCUUCUGGAGCGGGAACGCGGAGCGCACAACUUUCUGUUCCACUGAGUUCCUCUGAAACUUUGGUUUUUUAAUAGUCGGAGUUUUUGUCAGCGCUCGCGCCGGGACCGGACGUGGUGGAGGUGGAGUUCAGAGUCGGUCACGUGACUGAGUGAGUGAGUGAGGUGUGGGCUGUGGACCGGUUGGAGGUUCGGUCCCCGGGGACGCUUCUGUCCUCCUUUACCUGUCAGCGGAUCUACAGACUCGGGCUCACUUCAUCUAACGAGCGCGAGGAGACACCAUGAACCGGUCACAGCAUCAUCCGGGAAUAAUUAAUGCGCCACAUGUUUAAUUAUAAAAUAACACUCAUGAUGAUGAUGAUGAUGAGUAAGUUGUCUUUGCAAACUAGGAAUACAUUUACGCCUGGGAGCGCGAGCACCGUGUGCCUGUAGGGUCUCAGCAACUUUCUUUCCGGCGAGUUGUAUUUAUUGGUAUCGUGUCGGAAAUGGCUCUGUCCCAGCUUCAGUGUCUGGAUGACAACCACGUGAACUGUCGCGUGAGCGAGUCCAAACCGGAGUUCUUCUACAGCGAGGACCAGCGGCUCGCGCUCGAGGCGCUCAUUUCCGGCGGCCGCGAGGCCUUUGACGCGUACGUGAAGGAGCACGAGCUGCGGCCCUUCCUGUCCGAGCGCGAGCUCGAGCGCCUCUGCUGCUCCGUGGAGGAGUACCGGCCCGGGGCCGAGCAUCCCAAAGCGGACACCGCGGCGGCGGCGGCGGCGGACAGGGAAGAGCGCGCGCUGUCGCUGCAGUACUGGCCCGACCGCUCCGACAUCUCCAUCCCGGAUUUGGACCUGGGCUGGCCCGACUACACCUCGUACCGCGGAGUCACGCGGGUCAACGUGCACAUGCAGCCGCCCAUGGACGGCCAGACGCACAUCAAAGAGGUGGUGAGGAAGACCAUUGCGCAGGCGCAGAAGCUCAUCGGCAUAGUCAUGGACAUCUUCACCGACGUGGACAUUUUCAAGGACCUCCUGGACGCCAGCUUUAAGAGAAAAGUAGCAGUGUACAUCAUCAUCGAACAAGCAGCCGUUCAGGACUUUCUGCAAAUGUGUGAUCGAGCAGACAUGCACGGUGGACAUCUAAAGUACCUGCGGGUCCGCUGCAGCGGAGGCUCUGCGUUCCACACACGCUCCGCUAAAAAAGUGCAAGGCUUACUGAGUCAGAAGUUCAUGUUCGUGGAUGGAGAUCGCGCCAUUUCUGGAUCAUACAGUUUUACGUGGACGGCUUCCCGCUUGGACCGCAACCUCAUCACAGUCCUCACCGGACAGGUAGUGGAGACCUUCGACAAGCAGUUCCGUGAGCUCUACUUGAACUCUCGUGGCGUCAACCUCUCCAAAAUCCGUCUGGUUGAACUCCCUGAGCCCGAUCCAGUCCCUCUUCCUACACCGGCCUCUCUCCCAUCAACGGCUGUUGCCAGGAAACUCAUCAACCCCAAGUACGCCUUGGUGGAGACGGCAAGCCGAACCUCGUCAGACAAAGCCUCUAGUCCCAAGGACAGCUCACAGACUCCCUUGCCUCAGCCAGUUAAACGCCACCGUGAGUUAACUGAGGAACUGCCCAAACACCCGGGGCUUAUAGGGUUACCAAAGGCAGAGCUCAUUCCUUACCUGCCCACAUGGCCGGAACCAGACCCACCUAGUGAUGUCAUCGGCUUUAUCAACAUUCGGGACACGAGCAAGCCGCUGCAGCCGCACCUGAUGCGCUCGCAGCGAUUUGAAACCUCACAGGCCAUUCGUUUCAAGGACCCUUUUACCGCUCCACCAGAAGAGCCACUACCUGACAAGGCGAGACCACGUGUUCGAGCUAGCCACACCUCCAAAACAAAGCCACCAGCCACCCGUGUGGAACCAGUGGAUAAACCUGACGGAAAGGUUCCAUCAGAGGACAAGUUGCCAAAUGCACCCCCAGACACUGUGAACCCUGAUAACUCUCCUAAGCCAGCACAGCCUCUUAUGGACAAUGCUCAGACACAAGGACCUCCUCCAGGCCCUCCUGUGCCAAAGCCACGCACUCUAAAGCUGGUGAUGACGGCAGGCGACGGGCCUGAUGUGCAAGUCAGCGUAGUCAGGAGAAGCAGAAUGAAACCAUACGAGACUUCCAGCUCGGAGGAGUACGGAGAAGCACCAGAGGUGCCGAAUUCAGUGUCGGCCAAUCAGGAUUCAGAAAGUAAAACUAAAGACGAUAAUGCAGACAGCACCAGAAGUCCUGAAUUGGCCCAUUCAGCACAGGACGUUGGCUCAACAGCAUCGGACGAGUACUACGAGUGUCCAGACUUGGACCACAACUUGCUCACUAACGGUGACCCAACCGUCUUGGGACAGCUCAGAGAGCAUGGUUCUUUGAAUGUAAUGGCACGACUGUCACAAUCCAUGGUGGAGCUGAGGCAGCAACCCCACAGACAGGAACUUGCUAAAAGCAGCAACCCCACAGACAGGAACUUGCUGAAUGUACGGAGCAGAUACACAAGAAAGGCCUAUCAACCACUCGAAAUCUCUUCCAUGCGAGAAGCUUACAACAGAGCCAAAGUAGUGAUCGCCAAACCGGGAGUGUAUCAUCGUCCUCCGAAAAGUAGCACCCGUGUAAUCGGGGGGCACCGAUACUGGCAGGACAAACUGGCCACAACGCAGUCUGACGCUGUCCGUCCUAGCCGCUCCCCCUGCAGAAGGAUCCCACCCGGAGGACUCAAAACCAGCCAAUCAGCAACUCAACGUGCGUCUUGCACACACUCCAUUUCACCACGGAGGAAUGAAACGCAGAUGCCAUUAGGAAUUCCUAUUUCUAAACUCGCCAGCCUCCGAAACCUUAGGGGCAAGGUACCAGGAGUUACAAGUGACACGAAGGUCGGACACGGACGCAAGGAAUGUUAACUGGAAACACUUAGGGCAAAGCAAAAAUUAGCAUGUGUGCUAAUUUACAUUCCUAAGAAUACAAUCCGGGGGGAAUGAACCCCAGUUGCUUCCUGAAUUGUAUGCAGAUUGUAGUUGUGAUGUCCUGAGGUGCUUUUGGACCAAUCGUGUGGUGCAGGUUGCUGGAUUUCCCCCAGUAUCUUUUCUCCAAGUUACUUUCAGGACUUGCCUACAUGUGGUGUCUCUGGAACUUGAUUUCAAAAUGGUGGCUUUCGCUCGCACCAUUUUUCUUUUGGAAGGCGUUCGCUAACGUUUGUCCCCACGACCUUCGGAAAGAGACGCUCUGGGGAGCGAGGGCUUUUAAUGUGAACCUGGAUUUCCAGCCAAAAUCGUAGCAGAGGCACAUUUACAGUUACUUGAUUUAGCAUGUUCUGGACAAUUAGUGUGUCGCACACCAUGUUAUGGGGGCUGCUGUGAAGUGAAAGGAAAUGGUGAUGGAUUUGGGAUCAUGGUGGGUGAACAAGAUGACGCAUAUGUUACAAACCAGUUUUUUGCUUGCACACAAGUCAAACCAAACCAAAAAAUCAGUGUUGGAAUCUUAUUCCGUCAUCCUGCAUAUAUAAUUACUGUACAGUGUAACUCUACUCGACCAGAUUUUCUCUUUCCGAGGGGAUCAGAUUUUAUGAAACCGGUGUUGAUAUGGUUGAUGUUCUUUCAUGGUACAUGUGGUACAAGGUACAUUCAUCUCAGAGCACGAGAUCUUUAUCAGCUGUAUUUAAAGUUUAAUAGUGUUGAAGAAUAAAAAAAAAAAAAAAAGCUUUCUUAAACCUUCA